GGUCUGAUCCCAACAGUCCAAUUUUCUUGCUCCUCCCCGAUCGUCCCCUCUCCACUCCAGGACCUUUUGCCGCCACGGUCGCUGUCAUUCAUCAUUCUUCUCCCCCAGAUUUUCCCCUUACCCCAGAUCCCCCCAGCCCAAGGAACUUCCCCCCGAUGGGCGCCUUCCAAACCUCGCCAUGAAGCCUGCCGCUGAUAAGCAUUUUCGUUGCACUAUCUGCCAGCGCGGAUUUACGCGCAUCGAUCAUUUGAAGAGACAUCACUUGCGGCACUCCGGGCUCAAGCCAUACUCGUGCGUUUUCUGUGACGAGUCUUUUGCGCGAUGUGACAAUCUACGAGACCAUUAUCCCGACUGUGCCCAACGGGGAUCUCGACCCAUCCCAGAGACUGGCCAGAGGGGGAGACGACGCCAUGCAUGCGAGUCAUGUACUUCGAUGAAACUCCGCUGCGACGGAGAGAGUCCGUGCGGUUCAUGCAUCAAGAGGAAGCUCAAAUGCAACAACCAGAGAAAGAAGCCAUCAAAGGAAACCAUGACUGAGAAAGGACCGUCGCUGGCAAAGCGCGAAGAGUAUGACCAAUCUUCGGAUCGGGGCUCAAUCAAAUUCCUCUUGAAUGGCGGUACAGACAGUUUCACGGAGAAGUUUCUACUCCCGCCAUGCAGUGAACGCACCAGAGGACUCGUCUAUCACACCAAGAAAGAAUGGGAGGAGAGUCCAAGUCCAACUGUGUCAUAUGGCUAUGACGGGGUCCGGACAGACUAUGCGCCUGCUUUCAUCGACGCGGACCCUGGAGACCUUGGAUUCUUCCAUGACACGUUCAUCAACUUUUUCAAUGGCCCUUUUGGUGAGACGCAGAAAUCACUAUACGAUCCCCUUACGGGAGGGUUGGCCUACCGCCCUAUUGUCCCUCCGGGACAAGACCCCAACCUGACGCUGCCUGGAGAGACUAUCUAUGAACCAGAGGCCCCAUUUGCGACUGCCUUGAUCCAGUCGAUCUUGACCAAAGUAUGGACCGUAAGCCUCGACACAAAGGCGCAGGAGGAAAUCUCAACAAAUCUGCAUUUUCUCCUCACGCCGGGCCGAAUCCGAAAGUUUAUACAGCUCUACUUUAAACACUGGCAUCCUCACUGCCCAGUCAUCCACCCACCGUCAUUCGAUCCAGAUCAUGUGCCUACGUCACUAUUGGCAUCCGUUGUCUUCAUGGGAGCCAUGUACUCGACCGACGAGAGGGAGUCGUACGCUGCCAAGCGUGUGCUUGACUUCGCGGAGCUAUUCGUCUUUUCGACGGAAGCCUUUGCAUGCGAAAACGAGAUUGCCCGUGUUUUUACUGGGACAGUCAACCCGGACCUCGAGAGAGGCGACUGGCUGCAUUUCCAACACUUCCAAGCAGGGUAUUUGAUGGUAGUCAUCCAAUACUGGGCUGGUAGUCGGAUAUCGCGAAACAGGGCAAUGGAGAAUCGGUUUGGUGAGAUCAUUAAGGUGGCACGCAAGCUGGGCCUUCUCAAAUGUCGUCAUCUUCCAGAGGACCGGAUUCACGAAUAUCUCUGGAUUCAGAAGGAAUCGCGGAUACGAACAAUCAACGUCGUGUCUCUCCUGGACUGUGCCUUUUCUUUCUACCAAAAUUAUCCGUGUCGCCUAACACACAACGAGAUGGAGUGUGACCUCCCUUGCGAGGAGUCGGUCUUCUGCUCCCAACAUCCAUUCGCAGAACCAAACUUUCGUUUCACCCGAAAUGUCACAAUCCGCGAGGCUUUCCAGCAGCUCUUUUCUGAAGAGUCGUCCAACAGUAAAUCGGUCCUUGGCCGGUCUCAAUCUGUCUCGUCAGCAUUCACGCAGACAUCCAUGCAGAACUUGGAAGGCCUGCAACUCACGGUUCUGGAUAUGUUUAUUCUUAUACACUUACUAUACGCUUUCAUAAACUCCCACAUGACCCUGCUCGAUCCGUUUAUUCGGAUGCGAAGGGCGGCGGCAUCCAAGGCAGAAACACCGUCUCUCACAGACUCUUCCAGCAGCCCCAGCCACCAGAUCUCCAUGCCCGACGACUCCAUCUUGGGAGCAAUCCGGACCGCGCUGGCGCGGUGGCGUUCUGUCUGGCUGACACUGAACAGCAAGGUACCCAGUCAUGAGUGGGCCGCCAUGGGCUUCUACAAGAAUGGGUACAAUUUCUGGCUCGUGGCACAGCUAUUGAUCACCAAGAAGGACAGCCUGGAUGUUACCAUGCGUAUGGAAGUCAAGUGCGAAGAUAAGCUGGACAAGUUGAAGGUAUUACUGCAGGACGAUUAAUUAACGAAGGAGCGAGUUAUAUUUGGACUAUCAUAUUCUAGGGGCGCUGUUAUGUGCAAUAUUCAUGGAUAAGCACAGGCAUGGAGUGUUCAAGAAAUGUGUAUUUGGUAUAUUAUCUGGCCAUCAUGACUUAUUUUUGCACAGAGGACAACAUUCCGUGCUGUCAUGUUUUGGGAAUGGGUUUACGAAACUGCUUGAACGUAGCUUGCAGCUGCAUAUAACGAGGCGUUAAUGAAUUGAGGC